AGUCAUCACAUCAAUAUUCCAGAUAUAAUCCAUUUUACUGUUAAUUGGCCAUAAGAUGUCAAAGAGGCUGAGAAAUGGCACUGCAAAAGGAGUGCUCUUGAUCCCAGAAAGCAACAGUCAAUAGAAUUUACUCCCAUAAUGCAACAUUAUUAGUUGGGUGCAAAUCUAUCUUCGAUAUUAAGUAGGUGCAAGUCUAUUUUUCAUAACUCUCGAGAAUUGAGGAGCCCACUGUAAUACAUGUGGUCAGCAUAACUAGAUUUAGAUAAGGUGAGAAACAAAUGUGUUUGAUUGCAGAUAAAACAAUUGUGACAUUCAUGAAUGGAAUUGUGACAUGUAUUGAUUAAAUUGCGACACACUCAAAUUAGUUUGAUGAUAGAGAUGGAAUCUAUGAUUUUAUUUUACGCCAGAAACGGCAAUAAAUCUCUGAUUACUUGAUUUCCUUACGUCUAAAUUUCUCUGCUAUCUUAAUCUAAUGAAUGCUAUUCACUUCGAAAGCUAACUUUCUCAAGUUGUAGGAAGCAGAAGGAUAAAAAUGAGCUAAAAAUAAACAUACAUACACCUAGGGCAUCAUUAUUCAAUAUACUUUCUCUACAAAGGGAAGGGUUUCUUGUAUUUCUAAAUCAGAGUAAAAUCCCCUCCCUCAAUCAAUGCUUCCCUCUCCCAUUUCCUCCCCAAUCAUUACUUCCCUUUCCCAUAUACUCUCCAAAUCAAUGCUUCUCCAAUCCACAUACACCCCAAUCAAUGCUCACCUCUCUCAUAUGCUCCCGCAAUCAGUGCUCCCCACUUCCAUAUACUCCCCUUUCCUAUAUUCUCCCCCAAUCAUUGCUCCCUCAUCCAUAUACUCCCCAAAUCAAUGUUCCCCUUUCCAAUAUACUCCCCAAACCAAUGCGCCCCUUUCCCAUAAACUCCUCCAAUCAAUGCUCCCUGCUUCCAUAUACUCCCCCAAUCAAUGCUCCCCUUUACCAUAUACUCCCCAUAUUAAUGCUCCCCUUUACCAUAUACUCCCCAUAUCAAUGCUCCCCUCACCCAUAUACUACCUAAAUCAAUGUUCCCCUCUCCCAUAUACUCCCCUAAUCAGUGCUCCCCUCACCCAUAUACUACCCAAAUCAAUACUCCCCUCACCCAUAUACUCCCCUAAUCAAUACUCUCCUUUCCAUAAACUCCCCAAUCAAUGCUCCCUGCUUCCAUAUACUCUCCCAAUCAAUGCUCCCCUUUACCAUAUACUCCCCAUAUUAAUGCUCCCCUUUACCAUAUACUCCCCAUAUCAAUGCUCCCCUCACCCAUAUACUCCCCAAAUCAAUGUUCCCCUCUCCCAUAUACUCCCCUAA